AUGGAAUGGACUUCAUGCAUAAUUUUCAUCUUUUUGACACUUGGUUUGAUAUGUGCUUGGAGGGUGUUGAAUUGGUUGUGGCUUAGGCCAAAGAUGUUAGAGAAGCUGUUAAGAGAACAAGGUUUUCGUGGUAAUUCAUAUAGGAUCUUGGUUGGGGAUGUUAAGGAUCUUUUUAAGAUGCAAAAGGAAGCUAAUUCUAAAUCCAUGAAUCUCUCAGAUGAUAUUGUUCCUCGUGUCAGUCCCUACAUCCAACAGAGUGUUAAAAUUCAUGGUAAGAAUUCUUUUAUUUGGUUCGGAACAAAGCCAAGGGUGAUUCUCACAAAACCUGAGCAAAUAAAACAUGUAUUGAACAAUAUCUUUGAAUUCCCAAAGAGAAACAAUGAAGUUUUCAAGUUACUUGUUAGUGGUCUUGCUAGCCAUGAAGGAGAAAAGUGGAGCAAACACAGAAGGCUAAUCAACCCUGCUUUCCAAUUAGAAAAGUUAAAGGUUAUGACACCAUCUUUCUUGACAAGCUGCAAUGAUUUGAUUGCUAAAUGGGAGGAAAUGUUGUCAUCAGAUGAGUCUUGUGAAAUAGACAUAUGGCCUUCUCUUCAAAACUUGGCUAGUGAUGCUAUUUCUCGAACAUCAUUUGGAAGUAGUUACGAAGAAGGAAAAAGAAUAUUCCAACUUCAAAGACAACUAGCUGAACUUAUAAUGAAAGAUUUUGUGAAAUCUUUCAUUCCUUUAUGGAGGUUUGUACCUACUACCGCCCAUAGAAAGAUGGAUGAAAUUGAUAGAGAUAUAAAAUCUUCUCUUAAAAACAUCAUUAACAAAAGGGAGAAAGAACUUGGUGAAUCUACUACAAAUGAUUUAUUGAGUAUUCUUCUUGAGUCAAAUCACAAGGAAAUUGGAGAAAAUACAAAUAGCAAGAAUGUAGGAAUGACUCUUGAUGAUGUGGUAGGGGAAUGCAAAUUGUUCUACUUUGCUGGACAAGAGACUACUUCAGUUUUGCUUGUAUGGACUAUGAUAUUGUUGAGUAGGUAUCCUUAUUGGCAAGAUCGUGCAAGAGAGGAGGUGUUACAAAUCUUUGGAAACAAAAAACCAGACUACGAUGGCCUAAAUAAUUUGAAGAUUGUGACCAUGAUUUUGUAUGAAGUUCUUAGGUUAUACCCACCUGUAGUUGACCUAGUUAGACAAAUUGAGAAAGAUGUCAAACUUGGAAAUAUAAUAUUACCUGCUGGAGUGGAAGUUUCCUUACCAAUUCUAUUGCUUCAUCAUGACUGCAAACACUGGGGUGAUGAUGCUAAGAUGUUCAAUCCUGAAAGAUUUUCUGAAGGUGUUUUAAAAGCAACAAAUGAAAGAUAUUCAUUUUUUCCAUUUGGAGGGGGUCCUAGAAUUUGCAUUGGACAAAACUUUUCCAUGAUGGAAGCAAAGAUGGCAAUUUCGACGAUUUUACAAUAUUUCUCAUUUGAGCUUUCACCAACCUACGCUCAUGCUCCAUCCACUAUGAUUACUCUUCAACCACAGCAUGGUGCUCAAAUUCUUAUACGUAAAUUUAGAGACAUAAAAAACUGA